AUGAGUCACAACCGCAAGCCAGUAACCGCAUCUCUCAUUCUCUCAUUCUCAUUGUUCCUCUUGUCGUUGAUGUUCAUUAACUUAUUCUCAUCACACGCCUCUUGUCAAUCCAUUAAUGCAUUCUCAUCUUCAGAGAAGACAAGUAUUGUGAAUGCUCAUAAUACCGCUCGUUUCGAUUCGACCUUGUCUCCUCCAGCAGCAAAUAUGCAAAGCAUGGUGUGGGAUGAUGCCUUAGCAACCACAGCAGCAAAUUAUGUCAAUCAAUGUGUGUUUGCUCACAACGCAAAUAGAGGUUCCAAUGUGGGUGAAAAUAUUUACAUGGGUUAUUCACAAACGAUAGGAACAGCUGCUGUGAAUAGUUGGGCAUCUGAGAAACAAUAUUAUAAUUAUUAUUCAGGAUGUCAAAAUGGACAAGUCUGUGGUCACUACACACAAAUUAUUUGGGCUUCCUCAGUAAAAGUAGGAUGUGCUCGCAAAACUUGCUCCACAAUUACUGGUUAUCCAAAUUUCAAUGGAGCUACCAUUGUUGUUUGUAAUUAUUCACCUGCUGGCAAUUACAAUGGUCAAAAGCCAUAUGUGGCUGGAACUGCAGCUCCAAGUACCAAUAAGCCAAAUAAUGGCACCAAUACCAAAACUAAUGAGGCGGUGACAAGUGUGGUUGGACAUUAUCAGUAUGUCGUGAUGUUGUUGAGUGCCAUGUUCGUUCUCAUCGUGACAGGCUGUACAUCUUCUUGGUAUUAA